GUGCCAAAAGAAAAACGUCAAACGUGAUUUUCGUUUUCGGCAAAUAAAAACCACAAGCAGGCAUUACAAAAUUGUUUAAAGUUCUUGGAAAGUAAUUUCAAAUUGUUUUGUUUAUAAAAUAUUUGUGUUUUAAAGCAAUAUACAAGAGGGAAAUAUAACAAAUUCCCUAAAAUUUAAAUAAUGGCUCAUGCCACCAUACAAGGACCCCAACUGUUAAAUGGUUUCAAACAUUUAACCCGUUUCGACAAGGGCUUGGGCGCGCAAUUGCCCGAUGCCUAUAAGAAAUUCUGGCGUGAAUGGAAAGUUCUACAGCCGGCUGCUGUCCACUAUAUACCCAAAGAAGGUGAAUGGGAACGCGAUGAGGUGACGGGGGAAAUUAAGCCUAUACAAAAUAUUGCUUUGCCACUGAUCGAUACGCCCGAAAGCAACAAGGGUAUUUGGGGUGGUGAGGCCGUCAUUAAGGGUUUCCAGAAGCGUGAAAGACUAAAGCGUCGUGUGCCCCAUUUCUGGGUGCCCGUUCUACGACGCUCUGUCGUACACAGUCAAGUGUUGAACGAGUACAUGUCGAUGGUGGUGACUGAUCGUACAAUUGAAAAGAUUCACGAGAGUCAUGGUUUCGAUCAUUAUCUGUUGAAGAAUCGUGCUUGUGAUUUACGUUCAUCUUUAGCCCUGACUUUAAAGCGUAAAAUCUUACAAGAUUUAUCAUUGGGUUGUCCAGCCUAUGCAGCACAGCCCGCUGAACGUGAGCGUAUACUUCAAGAAUACAAAUGUUAUUUGGAAGGGUACACUACCGAGGAAAUUGAAUGGUACGGCUACACCUACGAACAAGCCAUCAGAAAACUACAAGCUCAAUUACGUGCCGAAAAUUCCAUGAUACCACAUAAAGUAGAAUUUCGUAUGAAAUUAAUAGAGCAACUCAAACAGGCAGGUAUACGUGAAGCUGGUGGUGUCGCUGCUGAAUCCGAUAAACCUGCAGGCCCAACAUCAUCCUCUGAAAAAGAUACCGCCGACAUUGAAGCUUUAACCAAACUGGAGUCAUCGUCUUCAACGUCUAGUUCUACUUCCUCCAAUUGGUUGUCGAAAAUCAAUCCCUUUGGCAAGAAACAAGAAACUUAAUUUGUUAUUUUAACAAAUGUCAUUGUAAAAGAGUGUUCAUGAAAUCCACAUUAUAAUAGUUAUAAAGAUUUUGCUUCAAGUUUUUUUUUAUUUUUUUUUAAUUUCAUUUGUAAUAAUUUUUGGUCAGUUUUUGGCAACAAAUACUUUUUUCUUCUUAUAUAAAAAUUCAGCAGUUUAAUAAAAACUUGAUAUUUUGAUUUGAAUGAAAAGCAAACAAAGAAAAAACGUUGGCUUAGCCAGUUAUAAUAAAAUAAAAGUUAAUUGUACAAAAAAUAAACUAAUUAACAAGCUUUUAAAAUAUUUCAUUACGAGGACAUUUGAUUGUUAGAAAACAAUAUUUGUCUUCUUAAUGGAAUAUCUUUUUUUUCGUGUCUGAUAAAAAUAAACAAAAUCUAUGUAAUAGAAAUUAAA